AUGAAUGGUGCGCCAGGGGGUUCUCGGCAGUCGCAGAAAGCACCACCGGAAGGCGGUCCUCUCCGCCAACCUGCUACUAUUCGUACCCCUACACAACAACAGCAGCCUGCUGUCUCGGUGGCUAUUUUUCCGCAACAGAAUGAAGCUGGCCUUAGCUGUCAGCCUAGCACUGUUCCGUCAUCACAGGCAUUUCCUAGUGCUGUGCAACAAUCAACAAUUCUGAGAGAACCGUUCCCUGUGCUACAUUCGCCCGCUGUCCAGCAUCCGAUGGGUUGGCCAACACAGUUUGAAAUGCAGCUACUGCAGUCCGCCUCCUCACAAGUUGCUGCUGGAUUACGCUAUUCUCAACCAUCAACGAGCCAGCAACCGCCAUCUGGAACAGAUAUAACAGUGGGCAUAUCACCACUUUCAUCUCUAUCUUCUCCUUCCAUUUCCAAUGCCUCAUUAUUAACGGGUAUUGGUUUAAGUCCGGGUUCCGGUCCUGGUUCUGGUCCUGGUUCCGGUUCUGGUCCUGAACCUGGCUCAUCUGGGCAAUCACCACUUCAAAUGUUGGGCGCCAUGAAUCCAGCCCUUUUGGCACAGUAUCAGGUUAUUUUAGCUGCCGCUGCGCAACAGCAUCAAGCUGCUGCAGCGACAGCUGCGACAUUAGCUGCUGUAUCUGGUGG